CCCAAUCAACGUCGAGAGCGUAGGCCCCAUCUAUCAUGGGUCCCUGCUGCAGCCGCAGUGCCCCUGGAGCUGCGGCUUGCCUCCGGUCUAGGUGCACGGGGGUCCGCGGCGCCUGAGGCCGGGUUCCAACCUAGUUUCUCGGGAUGUCGGUGGCCUUUGUACCGGAAUGGCUGAAAGGCAAGGCGGAAGUCAAUCAGGAGACGAUCCAGCGGCUCCUGGAGGAGAAUGACCAGCUCAUCCGCUGUAUCGUGGAGUAUCAGAACAAAGGCCGGGCGAAUGAGUGCGUCCAGUACCAGCAUGUGUUACACAGAAAUCUCAUUUAUUUGGCUACUAUCGCAGAUGCCAACCCAACCAGCCCUUCAAAACCAAUAGAAUAAUCUUUCAGUUGGCUGUCAUGAAGAGUAAUUGAGUAUGGUCCAUUUCCUAUGAAGUAGAGACAGGAUCUUUACCAACUUAGUUGCUUGAAACAUGAAUGAAACAAACCUCUAUGACUCUUUUCAAAAUGUGAAAAUGUGAAGAAAGCUUCUAAAUUAACUGUAUUCUCAGUGUAAAUAUUUAUUUUAAUAAUUAAGCAGAUUAAGUUGACUCCAGGUGUCCUCUUUCCUGAAAUAGGCAUGUUUGGAUAGCAUCUUCAAUUCUACCUUUUCAAUUUCAACCUAAAGAGGAAACUGAGUAGAUGUUGAGCAAUCAACAGGAAUUGGCAAGACACUUAAGCUGAGGCCCUGCUGAAUGGAUGGACUUGUGACUGUAUGCCUCCCUCCUACCAGUUUGUAGUUUUGAACCUGACCUUUUUUUCAGGUUGCUUUGAAAUAAAGCUCACCUUUCCAUGAAAGA